AUAGACUUCUUCUUGUUCACUCCCCAGCAAAGAGCCAGCAAUAAACCCUCCUUUUCUCUCGCUCCACCCCGGUUUUCUCUCUCUACUACAACUGCUUUGUAUCAGCACAUUCAAUCCAUAAAAUUCGCCUCCACAUUUCGGGAUCUGGGUCGUCUUUAUUACGAAGUAUUCUCUAUUUACCCGAACAAGUCAUAAUUUGCUUAUUCUUCUUUCUUUUUCUGAAUCUUGACAAGCCACCCAGUCCUGCGUUUCUAGGAUUGUGAGCCAUUAAGACUUCGAUUUAGACAUGGCCUUCUCACUAAUCUGAUCUUGCAGACGAAUUAGUCGUGUAUGAAUAACGCAUACCCAUACUGCAUUUUUUGUGGCGUGUAUUAAGAGUCUUUUAAUCACUUGGAAUCCUCAAAUGAUUGAGUUUGAUGACAAGACGACAGUAAAGUUCUGAUCUUUUUACUCAGGAGAAACUUUCCCAUGGCUCAUCCAUCAGACCAGAGGUUGUGCAGCCAAGGGGCAGUGAGAUGCGUGGUGAUAUUUGUUUGCUUGUUUCUGGUUUUUUAUAUGGCAAGGCCCUCAGUCCUCAGGAGAUCCAAAUUGAGGUCAAGUGGCGGUUUAGAUUCAUGCCCCCCUUGUUCCUGCGACUGUGAAGAAGAUUCAAUGUUGCCCUUGCCUCUAGAUUUUCUGAAUGGUUCAAUUGCAGAUUGUGCUAAAGACAAUCCUGAAAUGAAUGAGGAAAUGAAAAAGGAUAUCAUCACCCUACUAUCAGAAGAGAUUAACUUGUUGAAGAAUGUGACGAGUGACAGCUUGGAACACACAAACACGCUAAUUACAGGUGCCAAAAGAGCAUCUUCUCACUACCAAAGAGAAGCCGAGAAAUGCAAUGCAGGGAUGGAAACGUGUGAAGAAGCUAGAGAAAGGGCCCAAGCGGCUCUAAUAGAAGAGCGCAAGCUCUCUGAACUGUGGGAGACUCGAGCCACGGAAUUCGGAUGGAAGGAUGAGUGAAGUGCCUUGCUGCUAUUCAUGGAAUUUUAGCCUUUUUGAAAAUUUUCCCUUUUAGUUUAGAAUUUUACUUGCACGUGAACCAGUAGCAGUAACCCAUUUUUGUGAAUAUACGUUGUUGAGUUUUUUUUAGGUCAGGCUUCAAAUCAAUUUUAUUUUAACAUCGUUUGAUUAUUCCAUUAAAAUAGGAAUUAAUUCUGUAGGGGGUUUCCCUGUGGUCAAGAAUUCUAUUAUAUUAUUAUACAUUACCAGUGGGAUAUGAUAUCUCAGUAUUGUGAGAUGAUAUGUAUGAUAUCCAAUAACGUUUAAACUAAUCCAGUUUACUUCUGCUAUCAUC